UAGGGAUGUUUGUCUUGAAACGGCGAUUGAUUUUGCAUGGAAUGUUGAUGUUUGCUGGUUUCGAUUAAGAGAUGUGCGAUCUUACCUUGGGUCAGAAACACGUUCCUGUUCGGAAAAAUGCAAUGUAAAAAUUGACAGGUUAGAGGCAGCAAGAUAUAAUCGUUACAGAUACAGAGGUUACAGACCUAUGUAUCAACUGAGGACUAUAGCUUUUAUAUUUAAUGGUUUUAGCAAGAAUUCAAAGUCGAUCAACACAAAAUGUGAUAAUAAUAUUGAAGAGAGAACUUUGGAAAUUACUUGCCAAACGUUCUCCGAGAUUGUUUAUCAAUCAAAAGAAUUAUGUACUUCAAAUACAAAAUGUGGAGAUGCAUCAAAGAAAUGUUUACGAUCGCCCAUCGAAAAAAUAGGCAUUUGUGUUUGCAGAUCUGAGUAUAUAUCAUUCGGAAGCAAAUGUUUAGAGGGAAAUUUGCAACUAAACGAUAAGUGUCAGCGAAGUGAGCAGUGUUCUGGGACAGUUGGUGCGAUCUGUCAGAACAAUACGUGUGUCUGUAGGCCAAGAUACGUCCCGCUCAAUGAUUCCAGCUGUUUUUCCCCUGACAUCUCAUAUGACUUGUGUACGUCACAUAAGGAGUGUAGAGACGAAUCUAAAUCAUGUUCAAUGACAGGACAAGUCGGCAUUUGUACUUGCAAAUCUGGGUUCAUAGGGUUCGGACACGAAUGUCUAAAGGGAAAUUUAAGUCUGAAUGAAUCAUGCCAGCGAACUGAGCAGUGUUCUAUGGUACUUGGCUCUGUUUGUCAGAACAACAGAUGCGACUGUAAGUCUCAUUUUAUAAUGACUCCAAAUGUUCUCUACAUGUGA